AUGGGUCGGCGCAUCGCUAGUCACGUUAAUCUCGCCGUGUUUGCCGUGGCAGCAGUCGCUAUCGUCGUCGUUUCUCUCCUCUCCGCGAUUCCGUCGGCUGCGGCGGCAACUCCGCGUGCUGGCGGUUGGUCUACCGUGAAAAACGCGGCAUCGGAUCAGCACGUGGCGGACCUCGCCAGCUUCGCCGUCGACGCGUACAACAAGAAACAGAACACGACCCUCAGAACAGGAACCCCAGAACACGCGCCUCAGAAAGCGCGCCUCAGGUUAAUUUCAGUCGAGAGUGCCAGGAGCCAGGUGGGAGCCGGCACCAAGUGGAGCAUCACUCUGCAAGCCGUCGCCCCAGCAGCGAACACCGGGCACAUCCGCAUCAACCCACCCCUGACCACCUACGUGACCGAGGUUUUCGAGAAACCUACAGCAGCGGCAAAGCAGCCUACGGGGGUAGCACACCUGGCAGUACAGCCGUUUGUACAAGGGCCGGUGGUGGGGGAUGGGCAGUCGUCAGGCGGAGCGCAGCCGGCAGUGGGAGAUGGACAGCCGGCGGGGGUAGCACAGCCGGUGGGAGACGGACAGACGUCGGGCGGAGCGCAGACGUCGGGCGGAGCGCAGCCGGUGGGCGGUGGGCAGACGUUGGCGGUGAAACAGCCGGCGUUGGCGGGUUCUCUCAAGCUGGUCUCCUUUGCCAAGAAGAAAUGA